AGAGUUCUAGAUUGAAACUAACGCCAAAAACAUGAUUGGCAAGUGUCGUAUUGACAGUUAUGAUAAAGAUUUAAACAAACAUAUGGUGCCGCUCCCAACUCGCACAAGCACAGUAAAUAAUUGCCAAUACUAUGUGGAUGGUAUCAGUAAUGACUCUUCACACAGUCGCUGCAACAAGAAGACCAUAACCAUGUUGAUGGUGUGUUCAGUUUUGUGGGCUGGGCUGUUCAUCCUUGCAGUAUCCACUGGGCUUGUUCCGGGGAACGGCAAGGAUGCGAUCAAGCAGCUCACCGUCCAGUUCCGCGCUACGACCCACGAAACCCACCGGGGCUCGCUCGCCGAUCGCCUGGCUGACUUGGAGCGUCUAUCGGGGGAACUCGCUGAGCGCGUCGGAGAGCUCGAGAAACGUAACCAUGAGCUUCAACUACUGGUCACCAAACAAUCCCCAACUGAUCCCGAACAAAACAUGGUGCUCCAGCAACUCGUAGGCCAGAUGGAGAAGGGAAUGGCAUUUCUUUUUCCGGACUUCCAGACCGAUAUAAGUGGUGACACCGAACAAGCUGACCGAGACGAAAAGGUGACGAAAUCACGGAUGGCGGUACUCCGGGAUUACCUGGGGAACAGAGAGGCAGAGUUCGCCGUGAUGAGGCAGGAUCACGCCCCGUGGGAGACCCUACGAGGCACCGCUGAGGACAAGGACAUCGAUCUCGCGGUCGUUGGUCUGGCUCUUCGGCAACUCAGCAACAAAAAUGUCGAGUUGUCCAAAGAGGUUGAGGAGAUGAAAAUGUUCCAGGGUACCCGAGUGAGACAACAAGCUGGCCAGCAUGCAGAUACAAAUAACGUAGUCAUGGAAGAACUCAUCCGCGAGAUGGAAGUUGAGAAAAACGAAGAAAGAAACUCCGUUGAAAUUUCAGCAAACGAAGGCACGAGAAAAUCAGCUUUCGCCGUGGCCUCUUCUCAUUCGCAACUUGGACUCCAGGGAACUGCACAGAACGUUGCAUUCGAUCACAGCUUUACUAACAAGGGUGGCGAUUUCGACUUGAACAACAACACCUUCAUUUGUAGAAUACCAGGAUUCUACCAUUUCACAUUCACAAUGCGCACGUACGACCACAGGUUUUUAUCCGUAGUGAUGAUGAAGAAUGAUGAGCCAGUAGUUGCUAUAAAUACUGACCAAUCAGACAGAAGUGUUAGCUGCUCACAGACUGCGAUUCUGAGAUUGUACGCGGGUGAUUCAGUCUGGCUCCGUAUGCCACCGUCGGAUAGCUGUGGAAUAUACAGUGAUGGGUCGUACUACACGACCUUUAAUGGUUUCCUCCUGUAUGCCAGUACGUCAUAAGUUACGCAAUCAUCACGUCAUACGUCACAACUCACGCAAAGACACCGUCACAAGUUCGUCACGAGUAGCGACCGUUUUGUCACAUCAGUCAAUAUUCCAUGGUUUUAAUAUCCUAACACAUCCUGGGCCAGUUUAAUUAAACAUAAAGCGGCCGUUUUGUGCUUACGGAGCGCCCCUUGGCAGAAUAUCUAUUUCAUAAAGCUGUUUACCGUAUACAAAUGUAAAUGCUUACUAAACCCGCGGUAAGCACACGAGUGACGUUACAGUGCAAAUCUAUGGUGAAUGGCAUAAUACACGUCUUGUCGGCUUACUUGACAAUAACGUUUAUGCUUACGCACAUUUUCCAGCUACAGUAGGCACCCUAAGCGCAGAAAUUUGCUUACGGGUAAACAGCUUAAUGAAAGUGGGCCCAGUUUACCAGGACAAAUCGCCCAUUAAUCAAAAUAAAAAACCUUGCAUUGUGUAUUUCAGUUCGUAAAUUGUUGCCAGGGCCCAGAUUCAUAAAGCUGUUUAAGCAGAAAAUACUACUGGAAAAAUUUCUUUGCCGAGCAAAUAUUGAGUGAGGCACCAGUCACAACUUAUUAUAACUUUGGCUGGUAACCUGUUCCUAAUAAGCAAUACUUUUCUGUGCUUAUCACAUUUGUGUGCUUACAGGCUUUAUGAAAUUGGGUCCUGGCAAAUAAAUAUAAGACAAGCGAACUUGAGACUUCAUGAAAUAAACUUCAGACAGCAAACUCAGGAAAUAGUGUCGCCAAAAAAACCGGUUGAUAACAUUUUAUUUGUCCUAAACAAUAAAACUAUAAAUUUAAAACCCAGUACAGGGACAAACUGGGGCGAGAGUCAGCAUUCUGAUGGUGAGAAGAAAAUGUGCGGAUCUAAGAUGAAGUAUUUACCCAAAAGCAACAGGACUCGAACUGUUUAAAAAACAAAAAGACCGCCGGGUCUUCACUGCAAAAAAAAAUAUACAUAAACGGUUUCCCAAAAUAAAGUUGAGAUCAAAUUCAAGAUAAUGACAGGGGAUGCUGGAUGGAGGUUCGAUCGAGUGCCGAAGCCUCCAACAAAACAAUCACCACUGCUGGGAAAAUGAUCUCGGCCCCAAAGAGGAACAAAAAGAGUUGGUAUUCUGGGAAACUGGUUUUCGUAAAAAGUCAAUGAGAUGGGGGACAAAGCAACUCUUGGGGGAAAAAGUUUACCAAAAGCAGAGUUAAUGCAAUGCCUACAAGGGGUGCAACUUCUACCAGCUUUGCUCUCAAAUGAAAACGGUAUUGGAAACUUAAAGUUUUCCAAAAGUGAACAAACUGGGAGUAACACGCCCUCCUUAAAUGAGUUUGAAAUAAAACACCAGGUGAAGGUGGUAUAGUUAUAUGUUUUUGUGAAUUUAAACUAUUUUUGGUAUUUUUUAAUAAUUUUGUUAAUUUUUUUGUUAGUUUCAGAAUUUUGUUAUU